AUGUAUUAUAUCAAUCGGAAGAUUCGAGGAGCAGAAGUCCGAUAUACUCCGGUAAAGAGACAUUGUUUAGCUUUGGUAUUCACUGCCCAAAAGCUCAGACAUUACUUCUUAGCACAUCAGAUUCAGAUUGUUACUAGAACUCCGAAGGCAAUCAAAAGCCAAGCCUUAGCUGAUCUCCUUGCUCAAUUUCCAAGUGGUGACUACGAACCAGUGAAUGAAGAAUUAAGAGGAGAGGUGCAUGCAGCUAUGGCUUCCGAGGAAAGCUUUUGGACAUUGAGCUUUGACGGAGCAGCAGCCGGAGAAAAAGGAGGAACCGGGAUAGUCCUUACAAGCAAAAGUGGGGAAAAGUUAUAUUUGUCUUAUAAACUGGAUUUUCAUUGUUCGAAUAACGAAGUCGAGUAUGAGGCUCUUAUUUUAGGCUUGAUAGCAGUUGAGAAGCACAGUAUCAAGAAGAUUCGGAUCCGGGGGGACUCAAAGCUGAUAGUGAAGCAAGUUUCAGGACAGUUCGUCUUAAAAGAGCCUGCCUUGGCCACAUAUCGAACAAUAGUCCAAAGGCUUCUUGACAAAUUUCAGAAGGUCGAAAUAGAGCAUGUGCCUCCCUCCGACAACAAGUUUUCAGAUGCCCUCACAACAUUAGGGGCAAGAGUUGACAUUCCAGAGGAAGAGGCAACAAUUGUUAUCAAGAAGAGAACAGAACCUUCAAUAAUACCCGAAGACAAAGACCUCCGGAGGACUGGAGAGGAGAAGUCCUCGAACAACUCAGAAGCAAAGUUGGAAAACUGA